AUGUUAGGCCUCUUGGCACCUGCUGGGGGCUCAGAAGAGGCAACAGAGACGGACAGCCAUUUUGGUGUUUUCGAUGGGACCACAAGUGGAGAUGUCACAGCUUGGAUUGUCCCAGCUACCUACCACCUGAUGGAAGAAGACUUGCGCAAGAUGAUGGCCAUCAUUCAGAGACUGAAAGAGGACAAAGAGGAAGCAAAGCAGGAAGUCAGCAUCGCGAACUCCGAGGCCUGGGGGAUCCAGGACCAACUAGAUCGGGUCAUCGCCGUCGCUCAUGAGAACAAGAAGCUUGAGAAGACUGAGGCAGAAGAGCUAGAGGAGGAAGUGAUCCAAGUUCAUGGAAGUGACAGUGAGGAGGAGGUGGUGGUCUACAAUCUUUGA